AUGGCUGACGAAGUUUACGACGGUGCCAUUGGUAUCGAUUUGGGUACCACCUAUUCCUGCGUGGCCACCUACGAGGGUACCAAUGUCGAAAUCAUUGCCAACGAGCAGGGUUCCUUCACCACCCCUUCAUUCGUCUCCUUCACCGACAAGGAGCGUUUGAUUGGUGAUGCUGCCAAGAACAAUGCUGCCAUGAACCCCAAGAACACCGUCUUCGAUGCCAAGCGUCUGAUCGGUCGCCGUUUCGAUGACCCUACCGUCAAGAAGGACAUCGAGUCUUGGCCUUUCACCAUCAUUGACGAUGCUGGUCAGCCCAAGAUCCAGGUCGAGUACCUCGGCGAGACCAAGACUUUCUCCGCCCAGGAGAUCUCUGCCAUGGUCCUCCUCAAGAUGAAGGAGAUUGCUGAGACCAAGCUCGGCAAGAAGGUCGAGAAGGCCGUCAUCACUGUCCCCGCCUACUUCAACGACAACCAGCGUCAGGCUACCAAGGACGCCGGUGCCAUUUCCGGCCUGAAUGUCCUCCGUAUCAUCAACGAGCCUACUGCUGCCGCCAUUGCCUAUGGCCUGGGCUCUGGCAAGACCGACAAGGAGCGCAACGUCCUGAUCUACGAUCUUGGUGGCGGUACCUUCGAUGUCUCCCUUCUUAACAUCCAGGGUGGUGUUUUCACCGUCAAGGCCACCGCUGGUGACACCCAUCUUGGUGGUCAGGACUUCGACACCAACCUUCUCGAAUUCUGCAGAAAUGCCUUCACCCGCAAGUCCAAGAAGGACUUGAGCGGUGAUGCUCGUGCUCUGCGAAGACUCCGUACUGCUUGCGAGCGUGCCAAGCGUACUCUCUCUAGCGGUGCCCAGGCUACCAUUGAGAUUGACUCUCUUUUCGAUGGCGAGGACUUCACCUUGACCAUCACCCGUGCUCGUUUCGAGGACCUGAACGCCAAGGCUUUCGCUGGCACCCUCGAGCCUGUUGCCCAGGUUCUCAAGGACGCCGCCAUUGAGAAGUCUGCUGUUGACGAGAUCGUCCUUGUCGGUGGCUCUACCCGUAUCCCCAAGAUCCAGAAGCUCCUGUCCGAGUUCUUCGACGGUAAGAAGCUCGAGAAGAGCAUCAACCCCGACGAGGCCGUUGCCUACGGUGCCGCCGUCCAGGCCGGUAUCCUCUCCGGCAAGGCCACCUCCGCUGAGACCUCCGACCUUCUCCUUCUCGAUGUCAUUCCAUUGUCCCUUGGUGUUGCCAUGGAGGGCAAUAUCUUCGCCCCAGUUGUUCCAAGAUCCACGACGGUCCCCUGUAUCAAGAAGAGAACUUUCACCACUGUUGCCGACAACCAGCAGACUGUUCAGUUCCCCGUCUACCAGGGUGAGCGUGUCAACUGCGAGGACAACACCUCCCUCGGAGAGUUCACUCUUGCUCCUAUCCCUCCCAUGCGUGCUGGUGAGGCUGUCCUCGAGUGUGUUUUCGAGGUCGAUGUCAACGGUAUCCUCAAGGUCACCGCCUCUGAGAAGACCUCUGGUCGCAGCGCCAACAUCACCAUUGCCAACUCUGUUGGUAAGCUCUCCAGCGGUGAGAUCGAGAAGAUGAUCUCCGACGCCGAGGCUUUCAAGAGCAACGACGAGGCCUUCAGCAAGCGAUUCGAGGCUAAGCAGCAGCUCGAGUCCUACAUUGGCCGCGUUGAGGAAAUUGUCACCGACCCUACUCUGUCCCUGAAGCUUAAGCGUGGCCAGAAGGAGAAGAUCGAGCAGACCAUCUCCGAGGCCAUGGCCACUCUUGAGAUCACCGACUCCUCUGCUGAGGACCUCAAGAAGCAGGAGCUUGCCCUUAAGCGCCUUGUCACCAAGGCCAUGUCUUCCCGAUAA